AUGCAUUUCCUCAUUCUAGGCGCAUCUGGUAGAACAGGAAGUCUUGUACUUGCUGAAGCUCUCUCACAAAACCACACCGUCACAGCACUCGCGCGCAACCCCUCCUCCAUCCCCGAAGCCCCCGGCCUCACAGUCAUAAAAGGCACACCAUCUUCCUCCUCCGAUCUCACAAGCGCCUUUACUAGCGGACCCAAAAUCGACACUGUCCUCGUAACCCUCUCGUCUAGUCGGGCGUCGGAUUCCCCCUUCGCAGCAUCGACUUCUCCUCCUGAUUUCCUUAAAAAUGUCAUCUCGACAGUUACGCAAUCAAUGGCUGCCCAUGGCGUCAAGAAAAUAGUCUAUAUGUCUGCUUUUGGAGUGGGUUCUUCGAAUGGUGCGCUUUGGUUACCCAUGCGUUUACUUAUCAAUAAUUCGACGAUGGGGAAGGUUGGAUUUCAGGAUCACGCUGCUGCGGAGGAAGUGCUAAAGGCUUCAGGCUUGGAGUACAGUGUUGUGAGAAGUGCGAUGUUGAAGGAGGGAGAGAAGAAGAGUGUUGUGGAGUAUGGGGCUGAGGGAAAGGGAAUGGGUCACUUGCCGGGAUGUACGAGGAAGAGUGUUGCGGGGUACAUGGUAGAGUUGGCCGAAAGACAGAAGUGGGAGAAUAAAGUGGCGGUCAUCUGUAAUUAG